AUAUAUUGCAUUUUUCUUGGUUUAUGAAUUUAUGAGAGGUUACGAUAUAGUUGCCACUUCGUUUCUAUAUUACAGGUAUAUUCCAAAUGGCACAAUGUCAACUUUUCUUGGGCUUAUUGAGGAAUUACCAGCUAUUUCAGUGGAUUCAUUUAAUGGAAAAAAUCUUGACUCCUCUGUAUUUUUUCUUAGUCAUUGUCAUGUUGAUCAUAUGAAUGGUUUAAAUCAUUCAUUUUUUGAAUACUUAACGAAAUAUAAUAAGUAUCUUUAUUGUAGUCCAAUCAGUAAAUUAAUUUUGCAAAAUAAAUUUAGCUUGAAUGAUAGUUGCAAUAUAAAAGAAAUUAAUAUAGACACACAAGUUGUUAUAGAAUACGAUGACCAACAGGGUAAUAAUCACGUUGUCGUAGUAUUAAGUGUUUCAGCUGGACAUUGUCCAGGCUCUCUCAUGUUUCUUUUUGAAAAAGAAGAUAAAUUAAUACUUUAUACUGGAGACUUUAGAAUUCAUCCGGAUGAUUUAUCAAAAUUAAGAUCUUUACACAUAAAACAAGGUAGUAGAUUACUUCCAAAGAAAUUUGAUAAAAUUUAUUUAGAUACAACUUUUUUAAAUCCUGACUUCUCUUAUUUACCAUCUCGUAAAGAAAGUAUAACGAAAAUAUAUGAAGCGAUUAAGGAAUGGCUCGAUCAAGACCCAAGGAAUGUUGUUAUGCUGGAAUGUUCUGCCUGUUAUGGUUCAGAGUUUCUUUUCAUGGAAUUAUCUAAAUCUUUAAAUAUGCAAAUUCACGUUAAAGAUUAUGUCUAUGAUACUUAUCGUAGUAUUGCUGAAUUAGCUCCCCAUAUUACAAAUGAUUUUAAUAGUACUCCUAUACAUGCAUGCACUAAAAAAUCAGAUAGAUCAUUAAAAUGUCGUUAUAAUGUAAGCAAAGAUAAUAUAUUAAUUAUUGUGCCAUCCGUAUUAAAAUGGCAAGGAAAAGAUAUAUCUAAGAUAGCUGAAUGGGAUGAACACAGAAGAAAAACAUUUAAUGUAUGUUACUCUAUGCACUCUUCAUAUAACGAGCUUAAGGCAUUUAUAGAAUACUUCGAUCCUGUUGAAGUAUUUCCAUGUGUUUGUCCGAAGGAUCAGGAGAAACAAAUUUAUGAUAUACUUAAUAAAAUAAUGACUAAAUCUUCUGAUCAAAUCUCGAAACCAAAUAAACAUCGAUAUCAAUUAAAAUUGUCUUGCAGCAAGAAAAUAAAUGUAAAUACAAGUACUUUUAAAAGUCUUUACUUUAGUGACGAUGAUAGUUGUUAAUGAAACUUAUUGUUAUAUAAAUUGAAGGAUCUUAUUAUUAUGUCACUUAAUUACGACAUAAAGAAUUUUAAAGUAUGUAUAUAUAAUCAUAGAAUUACUUGAUAUUUUUGUACUCUUAUAUAAUAAAUGUAACAGAUUU